AUGGAGAUUUCGGGGGAUGCCAUUGCGGAGGUGGUGUUGAAAGAGUUUGAGAAGUGGCCUGCAAAAAGGAAACCUUUGGUGAGAAGUGAUGGUGCGAAAGAAUGGGUGCCGUUGAGUGGGAUUGUGGCGCAAGACCAACAAGGGCGUCUGACUUGUUUAGCAGCGGCAACUGGCAUGAAAUGCCUUCCACACAACAAAAUCUCACAGGCACAAGGAGUCACUAUCCAUGAUUGGCAUGCCGAGAUCUUGGCGAUUCGAUCUCUCAACCGUAUCUUACUUCAAGAAUGCGAUUCUCUGGUUAAGUCAGAUCAUACAUCAAAUAAGUUCAUUCGCCGCAGAAGUCGGGACGAAAAGACCGAGAACCAUUUCCAACCAUUCGCUCUCAAUGAUGGUAUCAGUCUCCACAUGUAUUGCUCAGAAGCUCCAUGCGGUGAUGCAAGUAUGGAGCUUACGAUGGCAGCCCAAGAAGAUUCUACACCAUGGGAAACGCCUGCACUAGCCAACAUCACGGUCCCUUCCGCAUCUCCCAGUCAGCAAUCCCUUCUCCGCGGCCGCGGCUACUUUUCUGCCCUUGGCCAAGUUAGAGGCAAACCCUCUCGCCCCGAUGCUCCACAGACCCUCUCAAAAUCAUGCUCGGACAAGCUCGCCCUCAAGCAGUCCACCUCUCUACUCUCCUCGAUCACAUCUCUACUAAUCUCACCUCAAAACACCUACCUUACUACCCUUGUCCUGCCAUCAUCCCAAUACUCGGAAACCGCAUGCACACGAGCCUUCUCGUCCUCCGGAAGACUUGCCUCUCUCAAAGAACGGACAUGGGAAGGCGGCUACCACUUCCAAGAAUUCAGAAUCCUGACCACGGAAAAGCAAUUCCCGUACUCUAGGAGGCAAGUGCUGAAAGCUGGAGAGAAACUGGUCCCGAGUAACCUCGCAUCAAUAUCGGGGACUCAUCCCAACGACAGCGAGACGUUGAUAGGUGGAACCCUUCAAGGACGCAAGCAAUUUUCUUUGCCUGGCGCGAGUCGAGUUUGCAAGAGGCGAAUGUGGCAAUUCGCUCUAAGUCUCGCAGCGAUUUCGGGCAAGAGUAUUCUCUGUUUAAAAGCGGACACGUAUGCGGAGGUCAAGGAGGGAAAGUUGUUGGAGUCAAGAAGAAAUGUUAAGAGGGAGGUUAGGGAGAUGGCUUUGGAAGGGUGGGUGAGAAACGAGGGCGGUGAGGGGUUUGGUUCUGAUGGGUUGAUGGGUGGGAAGUGA